AGUUUAUCAACUACCUUUGAGGUAAUAUUGCGAAGUUGCGUGUGGCGGAUAAAAUCAAACUUUUCAAAAAUUUCAUAGUUUGCCUAUAUGGCAACCGAUAUGAGGGGCUUUGAGAAUCUUAGGGCACAAAUGCCUGAAUAUACAAACUAUACUGACACAAAUAACUAUACUGCUGCCAGUAUUACAUUCAGUCCUGGAGGAUUGAAAGGACUGUACGAUAUGACUAAAAGCUUUGUAGACAGUUUGCUACCACCCAACUUUUUAACAGAAGAUUUGAUUAGCUGGGACCACAGUGGAAGUCCAUCCCUAAAUACUGGCUACGCAGAUUUAGUAAAGCAAUACGCAGGUUUGAUAACAUUCUUCGUAAUUAUCGUUUUACUAUGUUUAUUAAUACCGAUAUCUGGUUUAAUUUUUGCCUGUUUGCGAUGCUGUGGAUUGUGCGGAGCUAAAGCUAGAGUAAGCAAAAAGAAAAAGGAUCUCUGCUUGAAGAUUAUUCUGGGCAUUUUUCUAAUAGUUUGCUGUGGAGUGCUUUUAUUUGGAAUUGCUAGUGCUUUCGCCACUACUCAUGGAAUAAAAGUGGGUGUCAAUCAGUUAAGAGAUAAUGGUAAAAAAGUCUACAGCGACAGCGUAGGCUAUAUGGACGAUAUCAAGGAUCAUGUUCACUUGUUACUUGAAAACAACUAUAAGGAGUUUAGUGAAUCCUUUACAAAUACGUUGGAUGGGUCUGGACGGGAAAUAUUAGAAAAUUUGCCUCUAUGGAAUGAUAUUAUGGUAAUAACGAAUAUUUCUACAUUUUGUGAUAAAUUAACAGAUCUGCAAGCCGAACUACAAAGUUUUCAAAAGCAGACCACGGAAUUGAAAACAGAAGGACAAACGUUAAUCGAUAAUAUGAAUUCAAUUAAAAAAGAUUUAACAGAGACGUUACAAAAUUGUGGUUCCGAUUGUGCUGCUGCGAACGACCUAGUCAAUGGACUAAACAUCAAAAUAGAUGUGCAAAACAUACCGGAAAUUCCAGACAUAUUCGAGAACGUACCCAUUAAAAAUAUAAAAUCUGCAGCGGAUACUGUAAAUAAACUCGUACAAGAAGUUCCAGAUAAGAUCAAUUCUCAAAUCCAAACUAUUAAGGAUAAAGCUAAUACAGAGAUAAAUACUGCUGGGAAUACUAUAAAGAACAACACAAAAGUCAUGGAUGAUCUUGUAGUUACAGUAAAGAAGCAAAUGCUAAGUGUCUACUCAUCUUUUGAGGACGGGAAUGAUUAUUUGGAAAAGUACUAUCCUUAUUUUUACUACGUGGGUAUAGUAAUUUCUUGCGUUUUGCUUUUAGUCCUAGUGUUUCUAUUUUUUGGAUUAGUUUUCGGUUUGUUUGGCAAUAGACCCGAUAAGUACAAAAGUUACUGUUGCAGUAAGGGUACAGGAAGUGUAUUCUUAAUAACUGCUGUUGUUCUGAUAUUCAUCAUAACUGUCGUUAUAUGUAUUAUGGCGCUAGUAAUGUCAGUUGGUGGCCUGGCAGCAGAUAGGAUCAUUUGCUAUUCAUUAAGGAAUCCUGAUAAAUCAACUAUUAUUAAUGUGAUCGAUAAGUACAUUCAAGAAAAUAUUAAAGAUACUCAAGAGUUUUCUUUUAAUAUUACAAACAUUUUGAAUAAAUGUUAUCAAAAUCAAAGUAUCUAUCAGGUUCUGAACCUGAAAUCAAAAUUCGACAUCGAUGAAACGAUAAGCCAGUUUGAUAUUAACGCAACUAUAACCGAAAUUGUUAACAAAGUAGGCAAUAAAAUAGAUGAAAUAACAGAUUUUAACUUUUUGGAUUCUACAACCAAAGCAGAAUUGGAAAAAUUGACUAAUGUCAAUAUUAAUAUCUUACUCAAUGACUUCAAAUCACUGCAAGAUAUGUUUAACCAAACUAUUAUCGAUGUUGAUUUGGACAACUUAGUAAAGACGUUAAACACUAUGGCUGAUACUUUAAAAAAUGAGAAGCCAGAAUUAGCUACUACUAUUACAGAACAGGCACAAGAAGUGGAAAACUACAAUAAAAAACAACUAAAACCGUUUAUUGAAAAAGUUAACACAAUAUUAGCUACUACAGAUAAACUGCAAAACGAUUUGAAAAUGGAUUCUAUGAAUUUUCCUGAAGCUAUUAAGACAUUUAUCAAUCAGGUAGAGAAAGCUCAGGAAAACUUCAAAGACAACAAAGAAAAGACAACAGAAAUUUUUAAAAAAGCUGCAUCCCAAUUUGGCAAAUUAAUGGUAGAUCAAAUAAGUGGAUACACAGAUAGAAUUGCAAGUGCGGUAAAUGAUGAGCUGGGUAUGUGCGGACCAUUGAACGUAGCAAUACAUGGUGCUCUUACAGCUUUCUGUGACAAAAUUACGCUACCUUGGAAUGGUUUUUGGGCAUCUCUUUUUGUCUGUUUGGUAACGUUUGUACCAAUAAUAAUUAUUUCAAUUUGGCUAGCAUCGAUAUAUAAGAGCUACAAAGCAGAUGAUCAACAUUUAAUUAGAGACCCAAAACAUCGGGGCAAAAAGAACAAAAGAGACAACUUCAAUGAUUAUUACAACAUACCACCAAGAAACAACGAAAAUCCAUUAGGUAAAGGUCAUAACGAUGGCAAUCAUAACUACUACCAAGCCAGCGCCCCAAACGAUAACAGAAAUUCAAGGUAUUACGAUAUGGCUCCUAAGUUUAACAGACAACAUGAAGCUUCGACCCGAUUCUAAUCAAAGAUGCUUUUGUUAAGUAAAAAAGUGAAGAUAACAUUGGAACAAAUACCAAAAAAUAGUAUUAUCAAUAUGAAAUUAUACGUAAAUAAAGUAUUAUAUUAUAUUUUAAUAUUAAUAUAUGAUUUUUAUAAAG